AGUAACCCCAUCCGCAUGGCCGCCCUCGCCCUCGUGGAGUGGAAGCCCUUUGAUAUUUUUAUUCUACUUUCCAUUUUUGCCAAUUGUGUUGCCAUGGGGAUUACCAAACCAUAUCCAGACGACGACUCCAACGCCACCAACCACCAACUGGAACAAGUGGAGUACGUUUUCCUCGUCAUCUUCACCAUCGAGACCUUCACAAAGAUCCUGGCGUACGGGCUGGUCAUGCACCCGAGCGCCUACAUCAGGAGCGGGUGGAACCUGCUGGAUUUCGUCAUCGUCAUCGUGGGUUUGUUCAGUGUCAUCGCUGAGGGGAUGACGGAUCAUAAACCUGGAGAAGCUCAUCACGCCGCGGGGAAACCGGGCGGGCUGGACGUCAAAGCCCUCAGAGCCUUCAGAGUCCUGAGACCUCUGCGGCUCGUGUCAGGAGUGCCCAGUUUACAGAUCGUGUUGAACUCCAUCAUGAAGGCCAUGGUUCCUCUUCUUCACAUCGGGAUGCUCGUCAUGUUCGUCAUCAUCAUCUACGCCAUCAUCGGGCUGGAGCUUUUCAUCGGCCGAAUGCACAAAACCUGUUUCUCCUCGACCACAGGUCUGUUUGUUGAAGACGACCCUUCGCCCUGUGCGUUCGCCGGGAGCGGACGCUUCUGUGUCGACAACGGCACAGAAUGCCGGGGCAAGUGGGAGGGGCCUAAUGGCGGCAUCACAAACUUCGAUAACGUCUUCUUCGCCAUGCUGACGGUGUUUCAGUGCAUCACGAUGGAGGGCUGGACCGACGUGCUCUACUGGAUGAACGACGCCAUCGGCCCCGAGAUUCCCUGGAUUUACUUCGUUUCCCUCGUCAUCUUUGGCUCAUUUUUCAUUAUCAACCUGGUUUUGGGAGUGUUGAGCGGAGAGUUCUCCAAAGAGCGAGAAAAGGCCGUGGCUCGUGGUGAACUGCAAAAAGCCCAAGAAAGUAAACAGAUGGAGGAGGACAUGAUCGGAUACAUGGACUGGCUCAUCGAGGCCGAGGACGUGGACGAGGAGGGGAAUAAACGUGCUGCGAUUGCAAAAAAAAAGAUGAUGAAGAAAUUUGGCUGGUACAAACACAGCGAGGACGGAGGAGAGUCGGACUCAGACGAUGACAUCGCGUACCUCGAUGACGACAGCGGCUUCUGCGCGUCGCUCAUGGCAAAGAUGAUGGCCAACAGCUUCUGUGAUCAGUUGUGUCAGCUCAACCACACCAUGAGGAAAAACUGCCGAGUGGCCGUGAAAACCACGAACUUCUAUUGGCUGGUGCUGCUCCUCGUCUUCCUCAACACGGUGGCGAGCGCCUCAGAGCAUUACGGACAGCCCAAGUGGCUCACGGAGAUGCAAGAACGAGCCAAUAAGAUCCUGCUGCUGCUCUUCACGCUGGAGAUGUUGAUGAAGAUGUACGCGUUCGGGCUGCAGAUCUACUUCAUGGCUUUGUUUAAUCGCUUCGACUGUUUCGUGGUGUGCGGCGGAAUCCUAGAGCUCCUCCUGGUGGAGUUAGAGGUCAUUCCACCCAUCGGUAUCGCCGUGCUGCGCUGCAUCCGUCUGCUCCGGAUCUUUAAAAUGACACGCCACUGGGCGGCGCUGUCGGACCUGGUCAAUUCUUUGCUGAACUCUAUGAAAGCUAUCUGCUCCCUUCUGCUGCUGCUCUUCCUCUUCCUCAUCAUCUUCGCUCUGUUGGGGAUGCAGCUGUUCGGAGGAAAGUUCAACUUCGACGAGACUCAGAUGAAGAGGAGCACGUUCGACUCGUUCCCUCAGGCUCUGCUCACGUGUUUCCAGAUCCUGACCGGAGAGGACUGGAACGCCGUCAUGUACGAUGGGAUCAUGGCGUACGGAGGCCCCGUGUUUCCAAACAUGGUGGUUUGCGUUUACUUCGUCAUCCUCUUCGUCUGCGGCAACUACAUCCUCCUGAACGUGUUCUUGGCCAUCGCUGUCGACAACUUGGCCGGAGGCGGAGGCAAAAAGAAAGUCGAAGAGAAAAAAGAAGAGGAGGAAGAGUGGGAUGACGAUGAAGAGAAAGAGGGUGAAGACGCCGGGAACGAAGAAGACGACUGGCAGGACAACGAGGAGCUGAGAGCCAUCGAGGGACUAGAAGGAGUGGCCCCAAUGAAACCAGAGUUCUCAGGACCAAAGGAGAAGAUCGUCCCAAUCCCGGAUGGAAGUUCAUUUUUCAUUUUAGGAAAGAAAAACUGUUUGCGUGUGGCCUGUCACAGCUUCAUCCAUCAUCCGUACUUCACAAACUUCAUCCUCGUCUUCAUCAUCCUCAGCAGCAUCUCACUGGCUGCCGAAGACCCCAUCAAGUCUCACUCGUUCAGAAACAUCGUUCUUGGAUACGCCGACUACGUGUUCACCUCAGUUUUCACAGUCGAGAUUGUUCUAAAGAUGACGGUUUACGGGGCGUUUUUGCACGAGGGCUCGUUCUGCAGAAACGCCUUUAACCUGCUGGAUUUGCUCGUCGUCAGUGUCUCUCUCACCUCCUUCUUCCUACACUCAAGUGCCAUUUCUGUGGUGAAGAUCCUGAGAGUUCUGCGAGUGCUCAGGCCUCUGCGAGCCAUCAACAGAGCCAAAGGGCUAAAGAACGUGGUGCAGUGUGUGUUUGUGGCCAUCAGAACCAUCGGAAACAUCCUGAUCGUGACCACGCUCCUUCAGUUCAUGUUCGCCUGUAUCGGAGUCCAGCUUUUCAAAGGCAGGUUUUACAGCUGCACAGAUGAAGCCAAACACACUCCAGACGAGUGCAAGGGCACUUUUGUGGUCUACAAAGACGGAGACAUGGACCACCCCAUGGUCAAAGAGAGAAUCUGGGAAAACAGCGACUUCAACUUUGACAACGUGCCCAUGGGCAUGCUGGCCCUGUUCACCGUGUCCACGUUUGAAGGCUGGCCCCUGCUGCUGUACCGAGCCGUAGACGCCAACGCCAUAAACCGCGGCCCCAUCUACAACUACAGGGUGGAAAUCUCCAUCUUCUUCGUCAUCUACAUCAUCAUCAUCGCCUUCUUCAUGAUGAACAUCUUCGUGGGUUUUGUCAUCAUCACGUUUCGAGAGCAGGGGGAGGCGGAGUUUAAAAACUGUGAACUCAACAAAAAUCAGCGUCAGUGUGUGUACUACGCCCUCAAAGCUCAGCCCAUAAAGAUCUACAUCCCUAAGAAUCCGUCACAGCUCAAAUUCUGGAGGAUCAUAAACUCCAGUCAGUUUGAGUACAUCAUGUUUGUCCUGAUUCUGGGGAACACGCUGACCCUCGCUGUCCAGCAUUACGAACAGUCCAAACUAUUCACUUCCAUCAUGGACAUCCUCAACAUGAUCUUCACUGUGGUGUUUACAAUCGAAAUGAUCAUCAAGCUCAUGGCUCUACGGGCUCACCAUUAUUUCAUUGACCCGUGGAACUCUUUCGACGCUCUGAUCGUCGUGGGCAGCGUGCUGGAUAUCGCCGUGUCAGAGUUUAGUGGAGGAGGCGGCCAUGGUGAGGGAAAAGGUGAAAGUGGAAAAGUGUCCAUCACAUUUUUCCGGUUAUUCCGAGUCCUGCGUUUGGUCAAACUGCUCAGCAAAGGGGAGGGCAUCCGGACACUUCUGUGGACGUUUGUCAAGUCUCUUCAGGCCCUGCCCUACGUCGGUCUGCUCAUCGCCAUGAUCUUCUUCAUCUACGCCGUGAUCGGGAUGCAGACUUUUGGAAAAGUGGCCAUUGAUGACAACACGGAAAUCAACCGAAACUGCAACUUCCAGACUUUCUUCAUGGCUGUUUUGGUGCUGUUCAGGUGCGCCACAGGUGAGCAGUGGCAGGAGAUCAUGUUGGCGGCGUUGCCCGGGAGACGCUGCGACCCCGAGGCCGACAUCGAGCCAGGAGAGGAGUACUCGUGUGGAAGUAACCUGUCAUAUAUAUACUUCAUCAGCUUCUUCAUGCUCUGCGCUUAUCUGAUCAUUAAUCUGUUCAUCGCCGUCAUCAUGGAUAACUUUGAAUAUCUGACCCGUGACUGGACGGUGCUGGGGACACAUCACCUGGACGAGUUCAAAAGGGUUUGGUCCGACUACGACCCCGAGGCCACGGGUCGUAUCAAACACAUCGACCUGGUGACGAUGUUGAGGAGGAUCCAGCCUCCUCUGGGAUUUGGAAAACUGUGUCCACAUCGUGUUUGCUGCAGAAGGCUCGUGGCUAUGAACGUCCCUCUGCACCACGACGGCACCGUGACCUUUAACGCCACUCUGUUCGCUCUGGUCCGAACUUCACUCAAGAUAAAGACUGAAGGAGCCAUUGACCAGCAGAAUGAGGAGCUGAAGCUGAUCAUUAAGAAGCUCUGGAAACGGACCAAGCCUAAACUCAUAGAUGAAGUUAUUCCUCCCCCUAGAGGGGAUGAAGUGACCUGUGGGAAGUUUUAUGCCAGUUUCUUGAUUCAGGAUUAUUUCAAAAAAUUCAGGAAGAGAAAAGAACGAGAGAGAAAGUCCAAGAAGAAAGACAAAGCUGCAUCUUUACAGCAAGGCCUGCGCUCGCUUCAGGACCUGGCCCCGGAGAUGCGUCUGGCCAUGGACCUGGAGGACGAGGACGCUCUGGACGGGGAGAUGACCGGAGACGAGGUGUUCACCAGCGAAGCCACGUCCGCCAACACCACCCCCGCCGCCACGCCCAUGCCCCCCAUCGAGACGCUGGUGGAGCAGACCUCUGUGUUCGUCGAACCUUUCCUCAAACCGGCCAAUGGGAUCGAGGCGGCGGACCACGUGAUCACGGAGCAGGUGACCGGUCUCAGUGACGCCGAGAAGCCGGGAUCAGAGCUGGCAGGGGUCAGCGUGGUCAGUGUCCAGCCGCUCAGGUCUGACCCGCUGCCGGUCCAAAGGAUGUCAGAGUUACCACCUACGCCCACUUCACCCCCUGUUCUGCCCCCUGCCCCGCCCUCUGCGUCGCCCCCUGCCUCGCCCCCUGCCCCGCCCCCUGCCCCGCCCCCUGCUGAUGAGACGGUGGUGACACAGGUCGUGACGGAGGAACCUGCCCCAGAACCACAGCCUCCAGCCCCAGACGCACAGGAGCAGGUGCACCACCACAGUGAAGUGGGCGGAGCUACUUUAGCAUCCGACAGUGGGUCUGGGUUCCCUGACGCCGCGUCCCCUGUUGCCCCGGAGACGGUCGACCACGGCCACGGCCUGGACAGAGCGAGCAGCUUAGGCGAGAUGCCGAUCGACACGCCAAACGCCAACGGCUUCACUCACGGGUUCAACGGCACCAGCGUGAACGGAGAGAUCGUCGCUCCCAGCCCCAGUCCUUAUCCCAACGGGUACAACGCCAACGGGUACAACGCCAAUGGGUACAACGCCAACGGGUACAACGCCAACGGAUACAAUGCCAACGGGUACAACGCCAACGGGUAUGCUGGGUACAGUGAGAAUGGCAGCGUCAUGAGCGCCAACGGAAACGGCAGCACUGUGAGCAACGGGCAGAGCUCCAACGGGUACAACGGAAACGGAUACGCCAACAACCAGAACGGCAACGCCCAGUUUGUGCGGAGACGACUGCUGCCCACCAUCCCGAAAGGUCGUAAACCCGCCUUUAACUUCCAGUGUCUGCGGCCUCAGAGCAGCGUAGACGACCUCCCCAUACCUGGAACGUACCAAAGAAACGCCUCCCCCUCCAGAGCUCGACUACAGCACAGCCUCGACUCUCGGCGAAGCAGUGUCUCGUCCCUGUCCUCAUCUUCUUGGGCGAACACGACCGCGGCUGGCACCACCCCCGUCCCGUCAGCGGUCGCCCCCUCAGGUCGGAGGGGCAAACUCAUCUACACCCCCAUGCUCCUGGUGGACGAGGCCACGGGCACCUCCCAGCCUCUGUGGAGCGGUGGGACGGCCAGUCUCCCGUCCAGGAGCACCCCGGGGUGGUACCCCAGUCAGACACGCACCUUCACCACCUCCAGGACGCCCCCGGUCAGCCACAGUUUUAUCGACAAAGGCAGUGCAGACAGUCUGGUGGAGUCGAUUUUGAUCUCCGAGGGUCUCGGUCUUUACGCUCGGGACCCCAAAUUUGUGAACUUUGCGAAACGUGAGAUCGCAGAGGCGUGUCACAUGAGCCUGGACGAGAUGGAGAACGCCGCCACCGACCUGAUCGUCCGAGGAGCCAAUCGAACCCUGUCCCAGUACGAGGACGAGCUCGCCGACGAAAUAAACUGUGUCGUUUCGUACUAAAGUCGA